ACUAUUGCAUAUAAAUACUAGGUAUAUACUUAGUCGCCUUAAUAAAUGAAAAAACCUAUUGAACUUCCAGAACAACAUAGGUUAGAAGUGUUGAAACGUUUAAGUACUUAGAAAUCUACUCGCAAGAAAGGCCAAACCUUUUUAUGCAUUUCUUGAUUAUUAUAAAAGGGGAGGGAAAUUGACAGAUAUAUAUAAAAGUUGAACCCUAGCAAUAUUCACACUUGUGUGCAGUCAUGAUCAGGCUAACGGUCUUCGUUGCAUUCUUGGCGGCGAGUACGCUAGGUGCAGAUCACAAUUUGUUCAAAAACUGUUCAAGAAUAUCAUUCUGCAAAGAACUUCGCAAUCAUACCAUACCAAGUAAUUCUCUCUUACAAGCACAAAUUCAUCGAUUGACAAAUAUCAAUAAUGUUGCCAACAUACCUCUUACCAACUCCAACCACCAGGAACUGAAUUUACAAAUAUCAUUGUUACCCGGAAAUAAAGUGAGAGCAAAAAUUCUGGAGGCAAACCAUUCUCGAUAUGAACUAUCUGAUGUACUAGUGGAAGAACCGAUAAGUAUACCAUUUUCUUCUAUAAAUCAAGACAACAAAGAACUAUUUCUGACUCCAAACGAUCCUUCAUAUCAUAUCAGUGUUACUAUUCUGGCCGGUCCGCCAUUCAGCAUAGUGUUCAAAAACCAUGACCGGAAGGAAGUGAUAUUGGAUGGAGAGAGAAUCCAAAUAAAAAAUACCAAUGAAAGCCAAAUUUUCACGUUGGCAGUGGAAUUUGAGGGUGCUAAAAGACUUUAUGGACUCCACCAUCAUCCCACCAAUUUGGAAUUACCAGAAACAGCAGACCAAUCGACGGAUCCUUUCAGAUUGAGGAAUUCAGAUAAUGCUAAUUAUGAAGUUGGCUCUCCAAUGGCUUUAUAUGGAUCCGUACCAGUGGUAUACGGACAUUCGCAUAAUUCUACUACUGGAAUAUUCUUGCACAACGCUGCAGAGCAAUGGGUGGAUAUAUCUUAUAAAACAAGAAACCCCUCGGCAUAUUUCAUGGUAGAAAGUGGUACUCUGGAUCUAUUCAUCCUAUUAGGACCAACUCCAAAGUCAGUCGUGAGACAGUUCACUAAUCUUACGGGUGUCGCCCACAUGCCACAAUUGUGGACCCUGGGAUACCACCAAUGUCGUUGGUCCUACUACACUCAAGAAGACGUCAAGAAAGUCGUAGCCACUAUGGACGCAAACGAUUUUCCUAUGGACGCGAUCUGGCUCGACAUCGACUACACAGAUGGAAAGAGAUAUUUCACGUGGCAACCGGAUAAUUACAGUGACCCCAUAGAGCUGCAAAGGAAUCUGUCAUCGAGCAACAGAAAACUAGUGACGAUUUUGGAUCCGCAUAUCAAAGUGGAUGAGAACUAUUCAGUGUACGCCCAAGCAAAAGGAAAACAUUUCGUUAAAUGGGCGAAUGGAAGCGACUUUCAAGGUGUUUGCUGGCCUGGUUUAUCCAGCUACAUCGAUUUUCUGGAUCCAGCAGCAAGAGACUACUACUCGAGUUGGUAUGCUUAUGAUAAAUUCAAGGGAAGUACAGAAACUCUAGCCGGAAUUUGGAAUGACAUGAACGAACCUUCAGUGUUCGACGACUCUCUAGAGAAAACACUGCCAUUUGAAACCAUACACCAUGGAGGUGUCCUUCAUAGAGACAUCCACAACAUUUACGGAUUUCUCCAGACUAUGGCUACACACCAAGGUCUGAUGCUGAGAGACAAUGGGACGAAAAGGCCGUUCGUCCUGACUCGUUCCCAUUUUGCCGGUUCCCAAAGAUACGCUGCCAUGUGGACUGGCGAUAAUACCGCCGAUUGGCCGUACUUACAAGUCAGUUAUUCCGAAUGUAUUCUAUCCAAUUUGAUGGGAUUGGUGUUCUGCGGAGCUGACGUUGGAGGAUUCUUCAACAAUCCCGAUGUGGAGUUACUCCAAAGGUGGUAUCAAGCUGGUGUUUGGUUGCCAUUCUACAGAGGCCACGCAGAAGAAACCACCUUGAGACGUGAACCAUACUUAUUCUCCAAAGACGUUCAAGAUGUCAUCAGGGCCGCCAUCAAACUUCGUUACAAGCAUAUACCGGUUUGGUACACCCUUUUCUAUGAACACACUAUCAGAGGAGACCCUGUGGUGAGGCCGUUAUUUUACGACUACCCCGGAACUGUGGAUAGAGAUGAUCACAUUUUGAUAGGAUCAAAUAUUUUGGCAAGACCUGUAAUGGAAUCUGGAGUAGAAACUAUCGACGUUCAUUUUCCUGGUAAUGAUAACACCCUGUGGUACAGAGUCGAUGACUACUCUUGGUCAAUACACAGAGGAGGUGAUACUGAAACUGUGCCGGUGAACAUUACUACGGCACCGUUUUAUUAUCGAGGAGGCAGCAUCAUAUUCAGGAAAGACAUCGCCCGGCCAUCUACAACAGACAUGCAGACCGAUCCCGUGACGCUUUAUCUCAAUCUGGAUCAAAACGGUACUGCCGAGGGUACAGUGUACGUGGAUGAUUAUACCAGCUUCGAAUAUUUGAAUCAAAGGAGUUUCUUCUAUUUGAAAUUUAGUUAUAUCGACAGCACAAAGGAAUUACACAUUCACAAAAUUGAUGGUGAUGCCAGGGGAUUCCAAAUCGAUAUCAAGCAAAUUAUUAUACACAGGCCAAGUUCAGAUGGCAAGAAGAAGUCUAGUGGCCAUCAAUUAUUGGAAGAUGUAGAUCUACAAGUGAAAAUGAAUGAACAAUACGAUAUAUAUUUAAAGUUAUGAAUAGACAUAUCCAUAAAAUAGACAGAACUAGGGUUGCUAGUCAAAAUAUAAAAAAUAAAUUACAAACAGAUAUACACUUGUGAAAUAAAUAUAAAUGUUUACUCG